CUCCUCCGGCUGCCAGAGGCCCCAGGGCCCCGCUCUGCGCCGCCACGGCAGGUCCUGCUGGGGACUUGCAUCUGGCCUCAAUGUGAAAUUAAGGUAGAAAAACACAUUACAUAUGUGUUUGCUAUUAGGAUUUAGUUUAUUCACUGGUCAUGCCUGAAGAGUGAUGUUCGUCUCUAGACGGCUAACUGCCAGGAAAUAUAAAUGAUUGUCCUAGAAGUCAAGCCUCUCUCCUAUUUACUGGAGUGAAAAUCACCUCCAGAUACCGACGGAAUAUCAACUACAGAAAAUGCUUCACGUUAUAAGGAUGCCAACCACCUAGAUUCAUGCGCCCUAUCUGUACAGUUGUUGUGGAUGGUUUGCCAUCUGAAAGCUCCUCAAGCUCUUAUCCAGGCCCUGUAUCUGUUUCUGAAAUGUCUCUGCUACAUGCUUUGGGUCCAGUGCAGACCUGGCUGGGACAAGAGCUAGAGAAGUGUGGCAUUGAUGCCAUGAUUUAUACUCGGUAUGUCCUCAGUCUUCUGCUGCAUGAUAGCUAUGACUACGACCUGCAGGAACAGGAGAAUGACAUCUUCCUGGGCUGGGAAAAGGGAGCUUACAAGAAAUGGGGAAAGAGUAAGAAAAAGUGCUCUGAUCUAACACUAGAGGAAAUGAAAAAACAGGCUGCUGUCCAGUGUCUUCGCUCUGCUUCUGAUGAAAGCUCUGGGAUUGAAACGUUAGUGGAGGAGCUUUGCUCCAGACUGAAAGACCUUCAGAGUAAGCAAGAGGAGAAGAUUCACAAAAAGUUAGAAGGCUCUUUGUCUCCUGAGACUGAUUUAUCUCCCACAGCAAAGGAUCAAGUAGAAAUGUACUAUGAAGCAUUUCCUCCUCUUUCUGAAAAGCCAGUUUGCCUGCAGGAAAUUAUGACUGUAUGGAAUAAAUCCAAAGUAUGCUCUUACUCUAGCUCCUCAUCUUCAUCCACUGCUCCACCAACUAGCACAGAUACAUCUUCUCCAAAGGACUGCAAUAGUGAAAGUGAAGUAACUAAAGACAGAAGUAAUAAAGUAUCUGCCACUGUACAGGAAAGAACUCAGCAGAAGAAAAGUAAAAAUGAGAAAGAAAACAAAUUUAGUAACAACACUGUUGAAGAGAAGCCUGUUUUGUACAAAAAGCAAGUCCGACAUAAGUCUGAGGGAAAGAUGCGUCCUCGCUCCUGGUCAUCUGGAUCCAGUGAGGCUGGCUCAAGUUCUAGUGGUAAUCAAGGUGAAUACAAGGCAUCAAUGAAAUGUAUUAAAGUAAGACACAAAACAAGAGAGGUUCGAAAUAAAAAAGGGCGUAAUGGGCAAAGCAGGCUUUCAGUCAAAUCUGGUGAAAAGGCUGAUAGAAAAGUCCACAGCGGAAGCAGUAGCAGCAGUAGCAGCGGGUCCAUCAAACAGCUGUGCAAAAGAGGUAAAAGGCCAUUAAAAGAAAUUGGAAGAAAAGAAGCUGGCGGUAGCGAUGGAAAAGAUUUGUAUUUAGACAGCAGAAAUGAAAAGGAAUAUAAAGAAGAACCCUUGUGGUAUACUGAGCCGAUUACAGAGUACUUUGUUCCUCUUAGCAGAAAAAGCAAGCUGGAGACUACAUACCGCAACAGAGAAGAUAUAUGUGGCGUAACAUCAGAGGCUGUAGAAGAGUUGUCUGAAUCAGUGCAUGGUCUUUGUAUUAGCAACAAUAAUAUUCAUAAAACAUACCUCGCAGCAGGUACUUUCAUCGAUGGUCACUUUGUAGAAAUGCCUGCAGUUCUAAAUGAGGAUAUUGACCUCGCUGGGACCUCAAUAUGUUCUCAACCAGAGGACGACAAAUAUUUAGAUGAUGUUCAUCUGUCAGAACUAACACACUUCUAUGAAGUGGAUAUUGAUCAAUCCAUGUUGGAUCCUGGUGCCUCAGAUACGAUGCAAGGGGAGAGUCGGAUUUUAAAUAUGAUUCGACAAAAGAGUAAAGAAAAAAAUGAUUUUGAGGCAGAAUGUUGCAUAGUGUUAGAUGGAAUGGAGUUGCAAGGGGAAAGUGCAAUAUGGACAGAUUCGACCAGCUCUGUUGGUGCUGAAGGGUGGUUCUUGCAAGACCUUAGUAAUUUAGCUCAAUUUUGGGAGUGCUGUUCAUCUUCUAGUUCUGGUGAUGCAGAUGGGGAAAGUUUUGGAGGAGAUUCUCCGAUCAGAUUCUCCCCCAUCUUAGACAGCACAAUGCUUAAUUCACACAUGCUUGCUGGCAAUCAAGAGCUCUUUUCAGAUAUUAAUGAAGGGUCUGGUAUAAACUCUUGUUUUUCAGUGUUUGAAGUGCAAUGCAGUAACUCUGUUUUACCAUUUUCUUUUGAAACACUCAACUUGGGAAAUGAAAAUGCAGAUUCUAGUAGCACUGCUAAUAUUCUUGGGAAAACACAGUCUAGAUUGCUAAUAUGGACCAAAAAUAGUGCCUUUGAUGAAAAUGAACACUGUUCCAAUCUUUCAACAAGAACCUGUAGUCCAUGGUCACACUCGGAAGAAACACGUUCAGACAAUGAGACUUUAAAUAUUCCAUAUGAAGAAUCCACGCAAUUUAAUGCAGAAGAUAUUAAUUAUGUAGUUCCUAGAGUGUCUUCGAGUUAUGUAGAUGAAGAAAUACUAGAUUUUUUGCCAGAAGAAACCUGCCAGCAACAAGCUAGAACUUUAGGAGAAAUGCCCACUUUGAUUUUCAAAAAAAAAUCUAAGCUAGAAUCUGUCUGUGGUAUUCAGCUAGAACAAAAAGCAGAAAGUAAAGACUAUGAAACUACACAAGGGUGUAGUGAAAGCAGUCCACAUGGAGAUGGCUACAGCUCAGGGGUUAUUAAAGAUAUUUGGACAAAUAUGACAGACAGAAAUUCUGCAGCGAUGGUAGAAAUAGAAGGAAUAGAAGAUGAAUUGUUUUCAACUGAUGUAAAUAACUAUUGCUGCUGUUUGGAUACAGAAGCAAAAGUUGAAACCCUCCAGGAGCCCAAUAAAGCAGUGCAGAGAUCAGAAUAUCAUCUUUGGGAAGGUCAAAAGGAGAAUUUAGAGAAGAGAGCCUUUGUCUCAAAUGAUUUAUCAAAAGUAGAUGGUGGUGACUAUACUACACCAUCAAAACCUUGGGAUGUUAACCAGGAUAAAGAAAACUCAUUUAUACUUGGUGGUGUGUAUGGGGAGCUCAAAACAUUUAACAGUGAUGGAGAAUGGGCGGUGGUGCCACCUAGUCACUCAAAAGGGAGCUUAUUACAAUGUGCAGCUUCUGAUGUAGUGACAAUAGCUGGUACAGAUGUUUUUAUGACUCCAGGUAAUAGCUUUGCCCCUGGUCAUAGGCAAUUAUGGAGGCCAUUUGUAUCAUUUGAACAGAGUGAGCAAUCAAAGAGUGGAGAUAAUGGAUUAAAUAAGGGUUUUUCUUUUAUCUUCCAUGAAGACUUACUGGGAGCUUGUGGUAACUUUCAAGUUGAAGAACCAGGGCUUGAAUACUCAUUCUCUUCCUUUGACCUGAACAAUCCAUUUUCACAAGUUCUUCAUGUAGAGUGUUCGUUUGAGCCCGAAGGAAUUGCAUCUUUCAGCCCUAGUUUUAAACCUAAGUCAAUUCUGUGCUCUGAUUCAGACAGUGAGGUUUUACACCCCAGGAUAUGUGGUGUCGAUCGAACGCAGUACAGGGCUAUACGGAUUUCUCCAAGGACUCACUUUCGCCCAAUUUCUGCAUCUGAACUUUCUCCAGGUGGUGGAAGUGAGUCAGAAUUUGAGUCAGAAAAAGAUGAGGGAGGUAUUGCUGUCCCUUCUCAAGUAGAUGUAUUUGAGGAUCCACAAGCAGAUCUCAAACCUCUGGAAGAAGAUGCAGAAAAAGAAGGGCAUUAUUAUGGAAAAUCAGAGCUUGAAUCUGGAAAAUUCCUUCCCAGAUUAAAAAAGUCUGGAAUGGAGAAGAGUGCACAAACAUCAUUGGAUUCCCAAGAAGAGUCAGCUGGGAUGUUGCCAGUAGGAAACCAAGAUCCCUGUUUAGAAUGCAGUAUGAAAGAAUCUCUAGAUGGGAGGGCGAUGGAGAGCUCUAAAGUAAACUGCAGAAUAGUGGAGCCACGUGAGGAGACUAGCAGGUUUUGCAGUUGUAAAGCAGGGUGCCAUUUCCCCACGUACGAGGAUAAUCCUGUUUCUUCAGGAGAGCUUGAAGAGUUUCCUAUAUUGAAUACUAAUCUGCAGAGAAUGAGUGGCAGCCAGGAAAAGCAAUGCUGGUGGGAAAAGGCACUCUAUUCUCCCCUUUUUCCUGCAUCACAGUGUGAAGAGUGUUAUACAAAUGCCAAGGGAGAGAAUGGUGUAGGAGAAUUUGCAGAUGUAAAGGAAAUAUCCAAUGAUGAUGAACAUCUUUUAGAUUUUAAUAUGGUUUCUUCUGUUUAUGAAGCAAGAUGUGCAGAUGAUAUAAAUGCUGAGGCAAAACCAAAUGGCUUCAGGAAGAAGAUCUACUCCAGUGAUAGCUCCAGCUCUGAAGACACAGCUUCAGAAGGUGGAAGUGAAUGGGCUGAUCCGUGUGAGGAGGAGCUUUUUUCUCGAACUCAACUAUAAAAACUGCAGAGUAGAACAGAUGAUUUAAAAGUAACGUGAGAUGGAAAACUAUCCUUCUUGAGGGUCUGUAGCUCUAAAACAACAACUUGAGUUUCCUCUUCAGUUAAUGGAUUCAGAUGUGUAUUUAUCUUUCUCUUCUUGCUUAUUUUAUAGAUGAGGACACAGCUGUCCUGUUGAAGAUUUUUUUUUUUUCCCCUCCUCCCCAAAAACCCUGUUAAAUUCUUGGCUAUUUGAACUAGACUAGAUUGUGUUGUCAAAUCAAGAAUGGAUGUGCAUGUGCUUGUCUUAGUAGUACCACUGCUUUUUUGCAUCUUAAUUGCAGUUAUUUUCAUUCGUAACUGUAGCCCUACCACUAUUACUAUCUUCUUAGCAUCGCAGUGUCUACAACUACUUCUGCUAUUCAGAGACUUCAGCUUUCUGCACAUUAGGCUUUGUUCUUUAAGAACUGGGAGAUAAAUACUUAACACUGUAAUCUAUCAGUGCCUUUCUGAAUGCAGGAGAAAAGCAUGAAUGACUUGUCCAGUCUUCAUUCAGUAAAUCUCGUAACUUUGAAGUAGGAACAACAGGGUUGUGCUUUAGAGACUUACAGAAACUGUGUUUUCUAUCCUAUGAUUCCCCCCUCCCGCAAACCAACACUGAGGAUACCAUGGUUUGUAUUUUUGCUAACUGGAGAAGCCAAGGAUUUUUUGUAGGUAUGGAGGCAAUGUGGGGUUUUUUUCCUUUUUUUCUUUUUUUUUUUUUUUUGUCCUUUUUAGCAACUUGCCAAUGUGGGGCAGAAGUUUAAAAAGUAACACCAAAAAUAAUAAACCACUGGGGUGAUGUGUGGAUUGUUGUGAAUUUUGUAACGAGUAAUGCGAAUGUUGUCUUGUUGCAGAUGAUGGCAUUCAUGUAACCUGCAAAAGCAUCCUGUACUGAACUUGAGCCUGAAUGACUGAAACUAUCUAAAAUGCUCAGAGUGUUCAAUGUUUUAAAUGCAAAGGGUCAGUGCUUCACUUGAAAGAAUCCUGUGGCUGCUGCAGUUAGCUGCUGUUGUGGCUGUAAUUUAGUAAAUUCGUAGUUCAUUUUGUGUUUCUGAGAGAAUGUGUGGGGCCAGU